CCUGAUGCCACCAUGCCUGUCUCUCUCAGUGUCUGGCGUGCCAGGAUCGGCACGUACAUGCGCCGUAAGCAGAAAGUAUAUGACUACUUCUACUACCUGAGGAGGUAUGUUUACGGUCUUAAAUUAAUUGAAAAGGCGAAGAAAGCAGCUGAACACUCAAAAGAAAAUGACAAAGGCAAUCGCCACAAAUCGUCUUUCAAUGGCUAUUCAUCUGGUGAAAAUGGCAAAACUGGUAACACAUGUCGACAACCUCCGCCUUCUACCGAUAUAAAACCGAAUCCCACCCAAACUGAAUCUCAAAGUGACCGUGAGGUUAAAGGUAGCAAAUUCGAAGCAUGUUCUCAGACCAGUUACGUUGUGGACAUUGGCUCUUCGUGUCACACUAAAAGACCCGAUCAGAUCGCUCAGGAUAUGUCUUUGAGUGCUGAUGACCGUACUCUUUCAACAUGUUCAACCUGUUCAACAGAACAGGAAUCCAUUCCUGCCCCGGAGCCUACCACGCCCUGUGACUUAGACGACGAGCUGGACCUGAGAUACAUAACUAUUCAUAGUGCAUCACCUGUAAACUUCUGCAAUUCAACUCAAACAAGUAAACCAGACCAACCAGACGGUACAUCAGAGUCAUACUCGCAGGUACAUGUAGCUACAUCUGUCACUGGUCAUGAAGAUGGCAGUAAUCAUGAGGAGACAUCAAACCUUUUACCGUCGGGGACAGCUGCAGAUGACCAAUCUUUGACUAGUUCUGAACCUGAACACACAUCAUCGAGAAGCAAGGUCGCAGAGCAUCAUGGAACAGCAAUCUUUCUAGGCAUUAUAUCUUAUUCACUAAGUGGAGAAGUAGAUGAAAUCAAGAGGCAGUACAAUGUUGUUGUGAUUAAUGUGCUCCUACUGAGGUCUGGUGACGUGGAGCCAAACCCGGGUCCAGAUACCAACCCUGGGAAUCUAACUGAGCUCGAACUCAUUCUCCUUGCUGACGGUAUGGAUCCAUCAGACUUCAGGAAGGUGGGACUAGCUUUAGGAUUCACUGAGGCUCAGCUAAGUCGAUUCAAGGAAGACAAUAUUGGCAACAUAAUGCAAGCUACCUAUAAGAUGCUUUGUGAAUGGCUGAAGACAGUACUACAAGAUGAUGCAAGGGAGAUACUAUCCAACAAGUUAAAAGACAUCAAUCUCGUACAGCUCGCCGACAAAUUACAGAAAGGCCAGGUCGGUGAUCACAUAUUAUCAAUGACAGAAGAGGAAGUCCAACGGGUCAUCCAAGAGGUCAAAGAAUAUUCUGCACUUCAUCACUGUCAGAUUCAAGCAGAUCCACUGAACAGCAGCCUUCUAUUUCAACUAGACCGGAUCUUCACCAACUUAACGCUGUUGGAAGAAGACAAAGGAACCACUCUAAAGGCACCAAUACUCUACGCAGAUCUGCUCAAGACUAAAGUCAACGGAGUCCUUCCUAAACGUUUGUUGGUUGAAGGUGAAGGUGGUGUGGGGAAGACAACUCUCUGUGCUAAGAUCGUUUGGGACUGGAUUCAUGGAGCAGGUUACCAAGAUUUCAACCUGGUACUUCUCGUCCUCCUUCGCGAAGUAAAGGAUAAUACAAUUGGAGAGAUUAUAAAGUCCUACCUUCCAGACGACAAUAUGGUUACAGCCAUGCAGCUAAACAAGUAUGUCUUUUCCCAUCAGACAGACGUCCUUCUCGUUCUGGACGGUUUUGACGAGUUUGCUAGCGAUCUUGAUAGCUGUUACCAAAUCGCCCUUAUCAUCCUGAAUCGGCUAUUCAAGUCAGGGAAAGUACUAAUCACAUCAAGACGAUGGAGAUCAGAUGAGAUACGGAAGAUUACUGAGCUUAGAAAGCUGUAUGCUUUCAUUGCCGUGGAAGGUUUUUCUGAUGCAAAUCUCUCUUCCUACGUCACAAAGUUCUUCCAUCCAGACACAACUUCAGCUAAGGAAUUGACCCAAUUCAUAUCAAACAACGAUGUGAUCAGAGAAAACAUGGCUCCAUACCCCAUAUACACAGCUAUGCUGUGUAUCAUGUGGAAAGAAUUCGAUGGAGAACGGCGCAUAGCAAUGUCGAAAUUACAAACAUUUUCUCAGCUGAUUGAUGAGAUGGUCCAAUUCUUGGUCGACCAUUAUCUCUCAAAGCUCGGUCUGACGUCAAGAGACGAGGAAUGGCAUGUUCAGCGUGCAGAAAUUCUUCUCCAUCUAUCCAACAUCGGUUGUCUUGCCUUCCAGGGGCUCGUGGAAAGACGAUUGGUGUUCACCGAACAUGAGUUCAAGAGCUGGCCAGGAUGUGUAAACGCAGGCUGUCAUGUAGGAGUACUCACUAAACAAGCACCGAUCCUUCCGCGAAGACAACAAAGAUACAAUACACAUCCCGCAGACUCAUCUGUGCAGUUCCCCCAUAAGCUGUUUCAGGAGUAUCUAUCAGGGAUGUAUCUGGCAUCUCUUCACAACUCAAACAGAAGCGAGUACGACAGGUUGAUGAAGGAUAUAGUAAGAAACGCACGUGAAUUUCGAGAGCUUCUGUACUUCACUUCUGCUCAACAGAAGGAGGUCGGAUCAGAUAUCAUAACUCGUCUAAUAGCAACAACGUCAACACGGUCAAUGGGAUAUGAGCGUACCGAUGAUGACUACACUGUUGAUGUAGCAUAUGAGAGUCAAGACCAAACAGUGGCCAGAGCUGUGGCAGAUCAUCUAUCGACUUCAUCCAGCAACACACUUGAGAUCAGGGAAGAGAUGCAGGGCCACACGGUUUCAGGACAUAUCUUCAUCAUGAAUCAUCGUAAAGUGGAAGAACUGGUAAUUGAAAAGCCAUGUGGACGGACUGCUUCAGAGGACCUGGUUGAAUUCAUGUGCUCCUCAAACACCCUGAGAUCUGUGACGAUCGAUAUCCUUGACUACCGUGAGAAUACACAUAUGCAUGAUGUGUUCUACUCGGUGCUUGCUCGGAACGCCACUGAUACAAAGAUUGAGAGUCUUGAUAUCAAUGACAUUAAACUCAGUCAACGUCAGUCUGCAUCGCGUGAUCUCGCUCAGUUCAUUUGUAAGAUGCCUCAUCUCAGGGAACUUCAUCUCGGUGGUGCAUACAGAAACAUCAGUCCCUCGUUUCAUGACGAGUUCUAUUCAACGUUGUCAUCAUUAGCUUCGUCUGCAAAGAUUGAGCAUCUUGAUAUCGAGUACAUUGAUCUCAGUCAACGUCAGUCUGCAUCACGUGAUCUGGCUCAGUUCAUUUGUAAGAUGCCUCAUCUCAGGGAACUUCAUCUCGGGGAUAGAUAUGGAACCACCAGUCCCUCACUUCAUGAAGAGUUCUAUUCAACGUUAUCAUCCUUAGCAUCGUCUGCCAAGAUUGAGCGUCUUAAUAUCAAGUACACUGAUCUCAGUCAACGUCAGUCUACAUCACGUGAUCUGGCUCAGUUCAUUUGUAAGAUGCCUCAUAUCAGGGAACUUCAUCUCGGGGAUAGAUAUGGAACCACCAGUCCCUCACUUCAUGAAGAGUUAUAUUCAACGUUAUCAUCCUUAGCAUCGUCUGCCAAGAUUGAGUGUCUUGACAUCAAUUACACUGAUCUCAGUCAACGUCGGUCUGCAUCGCGUGAUCUGGCUCAGUUCAUUUGUAAGAUGCCCCAUCUCAGGGAACUUUGUUUAGGUGAUGAAAACUACAGACUCACAUCUCAUGACGAGUUCUAUUCAACGUUAUCAUCCUUGGCAUCGUCUGCAAAGAUUGAGAUUCUUGUUCUCGGAGAGACUCUCAUUCAACGUCCGUCUGCAUCACGUGAUCUCGCUCAAUUCAUCUGUAAGAUGAAUCAUCUGAAAAACCUCAAACUCUUCGGUCAGUAUCAUGAUGACUUCUACUCAACAGCAUCGUCGAUGGCAUCAACUACAAAGGAUGACUGCAACACGAGCUCAACUCUGACUGAUCUGACCGUUACUGAUGAGGCACUAGAAGGAUGGCAGGAUUGUGGUUCGAUGUUUGACAAUGUGAAGAGGAUCACCAUACAGGUAUGGACCACAAUCAGAUGUGACGUCAUCCACAGGAUCCAUCUACCAUCAGCGAUUGAGUUCACCAUUCAAACACAUGAGCAUGAGUAUUACCCGGCUUCUCUCCACGAUGAUCCCACUUCACUACUCAAUGCACUUCGCAAAGUCUCAUCUCAGCUUGUCAAGGUCACAUUCACAGAUCUCGAUUUUGGUAACAAUCAGACCGAACGCAUCAUUCAAGCUUUCAGAUCAACAUACGAUCUCAAACAUCUGAGGAUCCUAAGAUUCAUACGAUGUGGGACUGAUGAGAGAUUAGAUCGUUCUAGUAUUGAUUCCGAUGAUGAACAUAAGGUAAAGGUGGAGAUAGAACAUGGCAAACCAGUUGGUAAGUACUUUUGAAGAUGGAGUUGCGGCAUCAAGGUCAUGACGAAUCAGACGAGCUUAAUAUUUAAGGAUGGCAGCCAACAAGAAGCCAUGAGUUAUUUUAUUUCGGAGUACCAUAAUUGGAACAGAUUUACUGAUAAUGAAGAUCCCACACCUCAACCAUUUGUUAAUGUGUCGGUUAAAUAAUGGACCUAUUAGACAUUCAACGCUAUCAUUUCUUUGAUCGAACCAGAUCCGCCACCCAAUGAUAAUGUGCAUCUUAAUGAGAACAUACAGGUAUUUUGACAAUAGCGACUACCAAGGCGUAUCUCAUUAUUUUCAAAGCACAACUUUACUGGUUUUAGUUAUGUUGGCUGAUGCCCUGUGUUAGAGAAUGCUUUUCAGUCAACAUACUUUAGAUUUGAAGCAGCAAAAUUAGGAAGCAGCCGAUUUUUCUGAAUAAAUUAUAUUAUCAUUUUAUCCGCUGACUUCCGUACGACCAUAAUGACCUCAAUCAAAUUAAGAGAUAAACGCUCUCUACAUAAUAUGAGCCAUGCAUUUCUUGAAUAUUAGGAUAAAAAAAGGGAUUAUAAAUAUAAGGCAAUCAAUCACAAUAUUGCAUCUAUCUUGAAAUAUGCAUAGGGUAAACCAGAACUGUACAUUUAUUUUUUAGGAUUUAAGUGAUUUUUCAUCUUCUGCGCAUGCAGUUUGUGCAAUAUCAAUGUCUUAUCACGAACUGCUUCUUUCACCUCAAGGCCGAAUUGACAGCGGAACAUGGUAGGAUGAAAGUAGAAAACAUAUAAACCGAAUGAAAUUCAGCAACAUUGGCCACGGAAUAACUUUGUUAAGGGUUAAUGCCCGCCUCU